AUGAAGUUUCGCUUUGUGAAGGAAACGGGCUCUGCCUGGCCCGAGGCAGCAGAGUCCGAGACAGCUGCAGCAGGAGCCAGUCAAAGCUGGGGGAGUGGAGGUGCCUCAGAGGCUUUUUCUUGCCUUCCUGCUUUCAUCCUCAUGAUAAUUCUGGCCCUCAUCCGCAUCAGCAGAGGCCAAGCUGAAGGUCACCCGUCCAUGGCCCAGCUGUCGGGCAUCCGCAAUCUCUUUGGGGUGUGCGUCUACUCCUUCAUGUGCCAGCACUCCCUGCCAUCCCUCAUCACACCCAUCUCCAAGAAGAAGCAUGUCAACAAGCUCGUGCUGCUCGACUACAUCCUGAUCCUGGCUUUCUACAGCCUCCUGUCCUUCACUGCCAUUUACUGCUUCCGCAACGACACCCUCAUGGACAUGUACACGCUCAACUUCACCAACUGUGAGAUCAUCAACGUUGCCUUCAUUCGGUACUUCCUGGGCCUCUUCCCCGUCUUCACCAUCAGCACCAACUUCCCCAUCAUCGCAGUGACCCUGCGCAACAACUGGAAGACCCUUUUCCACAGAGAAGGGGGGACCUACCCGUGGGUGGUGGAUAGGAUUGUCUUUCCCGCCAUCACGCUGAUUCCCCCAGUGCUGGUGGCUUUCUGCACCCACGAUCUGGAGUCCCUGGUGGGGAUCACGGGAGCCUACGCUGGGAAUGGGAUCCAGUAUCUCAUCCCGGCUUUCCUCGCAUACUGCAGUCGGAAGGACACUCAGCUGGUCUUCGGCAGCGGGACGGUGAACAAGCACCUCUCCCCCUUUAGGCACACCUUCUGGAUUGUGUUUGUGCUCGUUUGGGGCUUUUCUUGCUUUGUGUUCGUGACUGCAAACAUUGUCCUGAGCGAGUCAAAGCUCUGAUGGGGGAUAGCAGCACAUUCCCUCCAGGGCUCCAGAGACUCCAGCAUUUCAGCUCCCCCUCUGGGACUGUGCAGUGGGGGAGAGGCAGUGUGAAGGGAAGUUUCCAAGCCACUGGCUUGGUGACACAGGUCAGACCUGGACACAGACUUUCUUCGCUCCAUUUUGGGUGUGGAUGGAGUGGAUUCAGCCUUGUCACAGUCGUGGUUCUCAGACAAAGCCCUGGGGCUGAGCCCUUGGCAGCCUGCACUGUUAACCAGUGUCCAGCCGUUUCUGCCUUUGGCUCCAUCGGAGCAGCACGUUCUGUGUCCCUCAGUGGCUCUCUGAGUGCUGCAGGUCUCGGCACACAGGAGAGCAGACAGCCUUGGCUGCUCACUACACUGAGCGGCUGAAUGUCCCUUCUCCCAGAGGCAGGGAUGUGCUGUGCAGAAUCCAGCAGGAGUUUGGGAGAACUGAGUCUCCUCUCUGCUGAGACUCCUUCAAACCAACCUCCUGUGCCAGCUGAAGGCAGAAAUUAGGGUGGGAAUAGACCUAAUUCAGAAGACAGGAAGUUUUUUGCGGUUACAUUUUCAUUUUCUAGAGUCAUUAAUUUGUGCACCAUGGAUUGCCUGGGAUCUGGGAUCUUUAGCUUAGAGCUUGAUUUCUCCAGCCCGGGAGUUUACAUUAACACUUCCAUCCUGUUCUCCUGUGCUCUUAGUUGGUCAGAGCAAUACUCCUCUGCACGCAGGGAUCCAGCUCUUCCCCAUGGAAAGGAAAUCAGCCUUGCUUCUCUCGGCAACAGCACAUGGCUCUGAGGUUUCUGCUGGCAGAGCCCGUGCCCCUUUCUCCCCUUUGCAGGGGGCUGGUACAAGCAGCCAGGCCCUGACUCCAGCGGUCGGGAUCGGGGAUGGGCUGGGGAGGUGCUAAUUACCCAGUCCUGACACGCGAGAGGCCCGCGGAGCUCCGGCUGUGCACAGUGAUGCGUUCCCAGCUCCCCGCGCUGGGUAAUUAGCCUUGAAACAAGGUGGGUGUUAACUCAGGGGAAUGAGCUGGUGCCAGGAGGAAGCGGCCGUGUCCUGGCUCAGUCCUGCCUGCAGCAGCAGAGCUCCCAAAACGGGGCAGCAAAACCUGAAACCCUGUUGGAACUGGGCUUGAAUCCCCCCUCUUGUCCCCCUGCACAGGGUUAAGGUGGGCUUUGGGCUGCUCCAGCUCUGCUUCUCUGAGAACUGGGCUGAUCUUACCUUAGGCAGCUCUAGGUGAAUCUCUGCUUUUAAGGCAAUUGUGGUCACUGUAACGCCACAGGGUGACAAACAGCACCAAGUCCUGUGCUCUGAGGCCCUUGGGCACAGAUCAAAUGGGGUUUCCUGGCAAAAGGAAGAACUUUAAAAGUCUUCACCUGAACUGUUUUAACCCCCUGUUAUCUAAGCAGGUUCAAAGCCAGGUGCAUGUCAGAUCCUCCUGCCCUCUGCACUUGCUGCAGUAUUAAAUGUCACCACUCACUAAAGCAAGCUUUGAACUGCAGCUCUUUUUAAUCAAGCUCUGUUUUCAAGUAGGACUUUCUGGUUUCCAUAUGACCUGAAGUGCUCCUCCUGGGGGAAUAUGCAAGUACCUGGAGCUGUAUAAAACCACUUCAUGGCUUUUAAAGCAAAACCCUGCACCUCUUGAGCCUGAGCACUGCCACUGUGUCCUUGUGGAGCUGCCUGGAGAGGAUCCGGGGGGACUGUUUGUCUUCUCUGCAGCUUGAUCCUAAACAGGCUUUGGCAGCCCUUGCUAGUGAGUUUAAACAUCCCCAAGUGUUCCUGGGAAGCUGAUGUGGCAUCUUCAGUACCAAAUUAAGAAGGUAUUUUACAGGUAGCUGGUGCUGGUGUCUCAUUUAGGAAGCGGUAGGUUGGAGGGCAGAUUCAUGGGGCAGCUGAGCUGGGAGCCACCUGCGAGGCAGCUGGGAGCUGGGCAGAGCUGGAGGGAGGAAUUUAAUGCUGAUGAAAUGAGCCUUUGGAAGCUGGAGAGGCUGAGGGGGCUGUUCCUCUGCACGAGUGUGCAGGUGUGGGUUCGUGGAAGGGACUGAGAGCUCUCUCUGCCCUGGGCUGCCUGUGCUUUGCAAGGCUCAGCCCCAGCCCUCCCCAUGCCCAUUUCAGCCUCUUGCCUUCACAUUUCAUUGCAGCCAGAGAACAGGGCUGUUCUCUGUUAUUUCAUCUCCUCACCCUCCCUCCCUUCCUCUCUCAGGACUGCCCCACUGGCCCUGCCUGGGAUAGGUGAGGCAGAGAGCCCAGCCUGGCACCGUGUCCCCUUUCCUGCCACCUCUUGCAUUUACAGAUGUGCCUUCUCUUCCCUGGCCCAUAUGUCCCCCUCGACACAGUGUGUGACAGUGACUUCUGAGGGGCUGUACCUCCAGGAGCUGCUUGGAUCCAGGUUUUGGAUGCAGUGACACACUGAGGGCUCACACCCUGGCCCCAGCCUUUGCCAUGGUACCUUACUGGGAAGGACUCUGCUCCCCAAAGGAGCAUGAGUGCUUCUCAAAUAAAUAACCACGAAUUCCCAGACACCCGUCGUCCUUGCACAGCAGCAAAACAAAUAUAUCCGAGGAAUUGGGGUGGUUAACGGAAAGAAGCUCUCCGGCAGAGAACAUUUUUCAUUUAAAACAUGACAUAGCAAUGCCUUAAAAAUUACUGGAGAAAGUGGGAAGGGGAUGGCUCAGUGCAGGCAGCAUUGGCUGGAGGGAUGCUGUGUGACCCCUGGGUGCAGGGCAUGAGCUCUCUCCUCUCACCCAUCACGAAUUGAGUCUAUUUUUAUUUGGCCAUUAUCAGCACUAACAAUUCAUUAUUGCAGAUUCACACGUGAUGCUUGUCCUGACUGUAAUUAGUUUUCAAAAAAAAAAAAAAAAAGGGAUUAAAACCAAUAAAACGCACAUUAUACA